AUUCGAUCUUUGGUAAGAAUGUUUCAUCAAUGUUCGUCAAACAGUGAGAUGAAUCAUCGUGCGUCAUCAGCACGUUUACUUUUCUCACAUCAGGUAAGCACAAAUAAACAACAUUUGUGAAAACCAAGUACGAGUAUCAAACCAGGCAGAUGGAUAUCGAGAUGUAUGAAAACUUCAGAUUCAAAUUGUACGUAGAGGUGCCUAGACCUAAGCGACGUUUUCUUGAAAUGAGCGUUUGUAUCUAACGUUGAGAACAGAUUACUGUCGUUUAAAAAAGUACUUUUCCAUUAAGUGACCCUAGUGAUUUAAAAUUCGGUUUCCAUAUAUAUAGGUGUACCCAACCUACGAUGUUAACCAACAACGCAUUUUCAUUUUUAUUCUCAGUAAUAACGUUUUACUGCUUUAUAACAUCGAGUAAAGCAACGGAGGUAUUCACAUGGGAAGAUUAUCAACUAAUGAAGGGCGAGGAAUUUUGCAAGACGAGAAAAGACGACGGAUUUUUUUUCGAAAACAUGUGCCACCAAAUAGCGGACGAAAAUGGUUUCAGAGAUUACGACCAUAAGUUUAUGGGAGCGUUCUGUGAUCAGAAAUCCAUAAUUUCACUAUUUUACGUCGAAUUGUACAAUUUUAAAAAGGUAAAGGAAGCUUUACUCGUAUGUCGAUAUUACCGCAUCGAGGGAGACACCACCACACCAUUUGCAGUCAGGGCUGUAGGUAGAGGAAAAGAAAAAAACGACGCGAUAGAAUAUACUAAUUACAACAACGGUAUUGCUAUACCUCGUAACCAUCAACCGCUACCUUCGAUUUUGAACCAGAUACCCGUUAUGAUAUUAGAACAAUAUAAUCAACUACUCACAGGAGACGAUUUCUGCAGCACAAAAGACAACACCGAUUUUUUGAAAUACCUGUGCCUAAAAAUAGCGGGAAAAAAUAACUUAGAAGACCACGCCGUAACCAAAAUGAAAAAAUCCUGCGAUAAAACCGAGAUAUCUAUGUAUUCGAGAGAUCAACGCGAAGACGUGCUUAUUGAAGGGAAGCUACUGCUAUGCCAUUAUGGCAACGACAUAGACAGCGAACCACUUGUAUCCAGAGCUCUGGGCAGAGGAAAGGAGAAAUUCGACGUGAUGGAAUAUUCAUUUGACGAUGACCUCGCAGUACCUCGCGUUAAUCGACCUAAUUUAUUGAAUGAAAUUCACGUUUUGACCUUAGAACAAUAUGAAUCACUCGGAGGAGAAGAUUUCUGCACCACCAUGAAACUUCAAAGUAACGGUUUCCUAAAUAUAUGUAUGAGUACCGCUUAUGCGAAUGGUAUUUCAAACUACAAGAAAGAAUUGUUGAAUAUGACGUGUUCAAAAACAAGUAUAAGCAUAUUCUCCGUGAAAGAAAACAAAUUUGUGGAAAUUGAAGAUAACUUACUCCAUUGUGACUAUAAAAGGUUCAACACUGAAGGCGGCAUAGACUGGUUCGCAUCAAAAGUUUUAGGAAGAGGAAGGAGGGAAAAUGAUGUAAUGGAGUAUGAUUACUCUUACUUGGAAGCUAAACCCAUGGCUACACCUUUUACUAAUCGACCAGGUUCUGUUUAAUAAUUAAGCAGGCCCGUAGCCAGGAUUUUUUUCAGUCAGGGCAGAUGGAAUUGUAACCAGGGCAUGAAAAUUUAUCAAAACUUA